ACUAGUACUAAUUUCCAACUACAUUUCCUACCAUUUGCAAAAGCACCAUAUCAUUAAUUCAGCAAAACCAAAAUGAUGUUGAAGAAGCAAUCUCAUCUUUUGUCCUUCUCACUUGCAAUACUAAUUUCUCUCUUGUAUUCCACUACCAUUACUUUAUCCCAAUUAUCACCAUCACCAGCUGCUGCUCCAAUACACCCUACAUUACCAGCUCCAACCACACCAGCUGCAGCCCCUAAACCAUUGGUACCUUCAUUACCAGAGGCACCCAGUGAUUCCACCCCUGACAGUUCAGGGGCCGUUGACAUCGUUGGAAUCCUAAGGAAGGCGAAGUCAUUCAACGUCCUAAUCCGACUUAUGAAAACAACACAAUUGAUCAACCAACUCAAUUCACAACUAUUGGCAACAAAAUCAGGUGGGUUGACAAUUCUUGCACCGGAUGACAACGCCUUUUCACAACUCAAAGCAGGAUUUCUCAACUCUCUUUCCGAUGGACAGAAACUCGAGCUGUUACAGUUCCACGUUAUUUCAGACUACGUAUCUAGCUCUAAUUUCGAUACUUUGACAAACCCUGUGAGAACACUUGCUGGAGCUAAACCCGGAAAGGUGGAACUGAAUGUGAUAAGUUACGGUGGAAGUGUGAACAUAUCAACAGGGGAAGUGAACACAACGAUCGAUGGCAUUAUAUAUACUGAUAAACGUCUUGCUAUUUAUAAAGUUGGCAAAGUGCUUCUUCCUAUGGAUUUCUUUUCUGUUGCUAAGGCACCAACAAAGGGACUGUCUUUGGCACCAGAGCCUUCAACAAUGACUCCAAAAGCCGAUAAGGAGAAGCCAUUAUCGCCAGAUUCCUCAGAUUCAUCUGUUAAACCCACAAAUGAUAACUCUGGUGCUGUGAAAGUGAAUGUGUAUGGAAGGUGGGCGUCUCUUGUUUUUGGAGCAGUUCUCGUGACUAUGAUGCCACAAUAAAUCAGAAUGUGAUAACUGAUUUCACAUUCUGGUUUGGAUUUAGUUACCAACUUCCUGGUCAAAAUUUUCGUGCUAUUAUUAUCAAACAUUGAGUGUUAUAAAAAUAUAUGAAAAAAGGAGUGAAUGCUGGUGAUGAAUACAUCGGGGUUAGGAGAUCUGAGAUUGUUGUGUAUUUGAAUUUAUUUAUUACUCGAGCAUUUGGCUAUGGUGGUUUUUGUACUUUUUCUUUUGGUGUGUUAUGAACAUUCUUCAAUUUAUAAACUUGACAAAAAAUAUAGAGCCAA